GCAUGCAAGAUAACCCGUACGCAUCGACAGAGCAGUCUACCAACCCACAAGCUCCAAUCGACUUUGCGUAGCAGGAUCGCAUCAUGCGCUGCGGUAAAGGGCGGUGACCUAGAUAGGCACCCCGCAUCCGAAUCGAGUUUGGACUGCGCCGGCACUUGCCCGAUCAGGAAGGUCGUAACAGCUCGCAAGCGAGUCAUUGACCUCGACUACUUAUAAAAACUCGCUUGAUAGGGAGACCGGGCUGGCUGGGAUAAUGUUGGGCGGUUGUGCUACUGCUGUGGUAGUUUAUAUAUAAUAGGUUUGCGCCUUGAUAUCUUUUUAUUCUUCUCCAAACUCCUCAAUUCCGCCCCCAAUGUCGUCUCAACCCCAGUCCCAACCUGUAUCCCGGCAGCGCAUCCGCGCCCUCUUGCCAACUCUACAUCUAGGCCGUUACGCCACAGGCCCAAACAACACGCUCACCGACGUCGCAGGCGUGCUAUGCCACACGCAAUCGCAGAUCCUGCCCGCUAGCAGCACGCACGGCGAAGUGCGCACGGGAGUAACGACGAUCCUGCCGCGCGCCGACUUCUUCUCGCACGCCUGCUACGCCGGCAUCUUCCGGCUCAACGGAUCCGGCGAGCUGACGGGCUCGCACUGGAUCGAGGAAACGGGGCUGCUGCACUCGCCCAUUGUGCUCACGAACUCGUUCGCCGUCGGCGCCGCCUACCAGGGCAUCUACGAGUACUGCAUCCCGCGGCACCGCGACGCCGCCGGCGCCGUCGACUGGUUCAUGCUGCCCGUCGUGGGCGAGACGUUCGAUGGCUUCCUGAACGACAUUGCUGCGCUGAGCAUCAAGCCUGAGCACAUCGUGCAGGGCAUCGAGAGCGUGAGCGCUGACCCCGUCCCCGAGGGUAACACCGGCGGCGGCACCGGCAUGCUGUGUCAUGGCCACAAAGGCGGCACCGGCAGCGCCAGCCGCGUCGUCCCAACCGACGUCGAACUGUCCGUCGACAAAGACACGACGGAAUACACCGUCGGCGUGCUCGUACAAGCGAACUACGGCCGCCUGCGCGACCUGCGCAUCGCCGGCGCGCCCAUCGGACGGCUGCUCGAAGCAGAGGCGCAGCAAGCGGCAGCGGCGCAGCCGGACGACGCGGCCGCUGCCGCGCGCGUGCAGGCUAUGGCGGAGAUCGAGAAGGCCAAGGACAAGAAAGACGGCAGCAUCAUCAUCGUCAUCGCGACGGACGCGCCGUUGCACCCGUUGCAGCUGCAGCGGCUGGCCAAGCGCGCGGCGCUGGGCAUAGCGCGCGUGGGCAGCUACGCGCACAAUCCCUCCGGCGACGUCUUUUUGGCGUUUAGUACGGCGGCGGAGGUGCCGGUGCAGACGGUCACGGCGGGGGGGCGCGACGUCGAUCCGUUCAAGCCACGGGCGCUGCAGGUCCGCGUCGUGGAUGAUCAGACGGUUAAUGCGCUGUUUGAGGCCACGGUGGAUGCGGUUGAGGAGGCUGUCUUGAAUGCGUUGUGUAUGGCGGAGACGAUGGUGGGGGCGGGGGGGAGGAGGGUUGAGGCGUUGCCGUUGGAGAGGGUGAGGGAGUUGAUGGAGAGGUUUUUGUAGGUCAGGUUGCUUGGAUGUUGGAAAACGAUAAUGUUAUUUUCCCAGCCAUUCAGCGCUAUACAAAUACCAGCAAACUCCGACUCCAAACAGCAUUCUCACUUUCCGGUGAUCCAACGCCGUAUAGCAGCAAACGCCGACAUAGAUUCUUGAGUUCCUUCUUUCCGUUCGACGGUUAUACUGCCCUGACUUGUUUGUCCCUGCUUCGGAUCUUUCCUUUCCUCGAGUUUUUCCAACACAAAGGCUAGUAAAUCGCUUGCUUUCCGGAUGAAAUAUGUAUAUUCGGAUUGAGGGCGUACUCCAUGGCUGAUGGCAGCCCUUUAUCACGAUGAGGAAUGUAACCCACCAAAAAUGUGAUAUAAAUCAGCUGCAAUACCACAAGAGAGAGAAAAUCCGGACU